AUGGAAGUUAGAGCUCAAAGAAUUGGAAAACGUCCGUGUUUGUUCUCUACCGCAAUACACAACGUGGUAGAUGUCCAGCUAUAUGGAUUCAGUGAUGCAAGCCCAAAGGCAUAUGGAGCUGUUAGUUAUUUACGUCUUCAAGACUGCAUGGGAAACGUGGUGGUACACAUUUUGAUAGCAAAGAGUAGAGUGGCUCCUACGAGACGAGUAAUGCUUCCCAGAUUAGAAUUGAUGUCGAAAUUAGUCCAGUUUGUCUUAAACUCGCUGAAAACGAAGAUUAUGCAAUACUUUUGCUGGUCGGACAGCAUGGUGACUUUAGGAUGGAUCCGUCGACUUAGUUACAGUUGGAAGCCAUUUGUGGUAAACCGAUUGCAAACAAUUCAAGAAAACGUAGCACCAGUACAUUGGAGGUUCUGUCCUGGAGAAUCAAAUCCAGCUGAUCUUUUGACUCGUGGACAAUCAUUACAAUCUUUAACAAAUAAUUCCGUUUGGUGGCAUGGUCCUGAGUGGCUUUGCGAAUUCAUGGAGAAGUGGCCUACUGAGGUGCUUAGUGAAGAAAGUGAUGAUCUACCAGAGUCCAAGCAGAUAAGAAGUGUAACGUUGCAUUCUCAAAGUUGUUACCGUCGUGUAUUGAAGCAUGCAGAUGGUCAGAGUUACAGCACUGGUGUUAAAAGUCGUCUGUCUGUUCAAGAUGAUAUCCUUUAA